CGCCGCUAUCACGUCGAGUCUAGUCUCGUCGUGAUAAAACCACCACUGCCGCCGCUUAUUAACAAUAAUAAUAUUUAGAUAUAUACAAUUUUAUCAUAUAAAUUAUAAUAAUGUAAUAUAAUAUAAUAUAAUGAAACAUCGUAAUAUUAUUAUGAAUAAAAAUAUUAUAAAUCACCGGGCCUUCGUCGUGGUCGGUAACGAAUAGCCAGGAUAUGAUGAUAAGAAUAAACGGGCUUUCGUCGACGAGAGAAGAAUCGUAGGUAAUAUUAUUUUUAUUGUCGUAGCGUCUCUACGGUACCAAGGCGUACCGCGUACGCAACACGGGAAAUUGGCGUCAUAGAAUUUGCGGCCACGGGACGCACACGAGCACAGGCGCGCACGCGCGAAAGGUGUGUGUGCUGGGCGAAUGUCGCGUGCCGCCGCCGCCGCCGCCACUGUCGAUAGUGAUAAUGUACCGCGGGUUUUGAGAGGUUCUUCGCCGCAAACGACGAUCGGAUGACGUUCAGUUCGUUUCGUCGGCCUGACUACAAUAAUUACUGUUGAUAUUGUGAAAUAUCACCGUCUAACGAUCGGUGAAAUGAACGCACCUGCCGGCCACUGCCGCCGGUCCGUCGUUGUCUAGCGCGCCCUCAUGUUUCGGUCAGGAACCGCUGCGGGAGGCGAGCAGGAGCAGUGAUGUCAAACGUCAGAAAAACCAAGUUUGUGACUGUUAACGACUAUACCUAAGUCAGUCCUCAUGGUGGUGGCCGACAGUGCUAUGUUGUCGACAGCAAAGGAGGAGUUGUCGUCUGCGGCAGACGUGUAUCAGCCGCACGUCAACGUGGAUGGUAUACCACCACUGCCAAUGACACUAGCGCAGCCAUCCACAUUCCCUGGCAGUCCCAUGACGGCCAAGAAGCAAGCUCUCAAGUCGUUCAGUGACAUCCAGAGCCUCCUUGCAGCAGGCUACCAAAAGGAUGUCAAGAAGAUACUGCGGGACAACUGCUGGCCGACCAACCAUCCUAUCAGGGCUCAAUUAUGGCCUGCACUUUGCAGACAACAUGCAUCUGAAAACAGUAACAACAUGCAAGAGGGAUUCUAUUGGGAUCUUGUACGACAAUUGUUUGGGUCUACUGAUCUUCCAGAUAAACCAAUUAUUUUACCGACAUUUGUUGAGUCAAAACAUAGACAUUUACAUCAUCUUGAUUCAACAGGCAAGAAUAUUACUGACAGAAUUGUUUGUGUGCUGGGGUUUGCUUGUCCAGACAUCACUUAUAGCCCUGCUAUAUAUUCGUUAACAUCAUUGUUGCUACAUUUUAUGCCUGAAGAGGAAUGCUAUAAUAGUCUAACAAGCUUAGUUUCGUCCAAGAACUUAGUAUUUGUAACACAAACAAAAUUAUUGUAUGAAGUUACAUGGAAAACUGUAUUAAAUAUAUGUAGAAAACAUGUUAAAUCUGCUGUGGGGCACAUCGGGAAACAUUGUCCAAUAAAAAAAACAGAAAAAAUGUACAUGGAUUGGAUUUGGUGGAUAUUUCAAGGACUACCAUUUCAUCAUGCAGUUCGAGUUAUGGAUUGUUAUCUUCACGAAGGCAUAAAAGUGUUGUAUCGUAUUUCUAUGGCUAUCUUGCAACUUUUUUAUAAAUACUCAACUACAAGUAAUUCUAUUUGGGCUGAAGAAAUAAAUAGUCAUGGAGUAGAUGUGGCUUUGAUGAAUUUUUGCCGUCAAAUGCCGGCAAAUCCACAGAAAGUGCUUAAAACAGCAUUUAAAAUUCGAGGUUUAAGUUCAGCAUACAUUCAUAGAGUUUUUGUAAAAACUGAGAUGAUAUUAAAGAGUAAAGCUGUUUUAUCUGGUUCCAAUAAAUUAAAUCGUUCCUGUUCUAGUGAAAAUUUACCUACUAGUCAAUCUCAAAUGAAUAUUCAGAUGUCCUCACAUACACUUACUAUUCGUGAGGGAGAACAUUCACCAAGCCCUCGGGCUUCCACGAUGGCCAGUUAUCCAAUUAACAAUAUCAGAUCUUUGAUAGCUAAUCAUCAGGAUCUGUUCACAUUAUGGUCUUGGUUACCGGUGAGGAUAACAAUGUACCAACCAAUACUUCUUUACACAACUGAAGAGCAUGGCUGUAGUUUGACUACAUUCUAUGUUAGAGUUGAACACCACGAACCAACACUUCUACUAAUUAAAACUUGCACUAAUGAAGUUUUUGGUGCAUAUUGUUCUUCAAAGUGGAUCGAGAGAAAUAAAAAGGAUGAUCGUGGGAAUAGACAAGCUUAUUUUGGUACUGGUGAGACAUUUAUAUUCAGUCUAUAUCCUGGUAAGGCAAAAUACCCAUGGGUUGGAAUGGAAGUUGAUAAUGUACAUCAUGCUAAUGAGCUGUUUAUGGCAGCUGAUCAAAAAAUGAUAACCAUUGGCGGAGGCGAUGGCCAAGCUAUAUGGAUGGAUGAAAACGUUCGGUAUGGAAAAACAGAGAGUUGUUCUACAUUCAACAAUCCACCACUGUGUAAAAGUCGUGACUUUGAAAUAAAAGUCUUGGAAGUCUACGGUUUUGAUGGCGUGAUUCUUUAAAGCAAGUAGCAAUUUAACUCAAAAGUUACAAGUCUACUAGUUAUAUACAUAUAUAUUUUUUUUUUUAUACCCGUGGUUACUUAUUUAGUAAGUAAGAAUAAGCAAUUUUUGUAAUACUAAAUCCACGACAAUUAUAAAAUGUUUGUUCCUGGAUUUUUACAAUAGGUACUUACUACUUAGUUAAUAAUUGUAAUAUGUUUUGAGGUUGCACGAGUACUCAAAUUUAACUAACAAAUUUGAUCCAAGUUUGAUUUAUUUUUGAUUAAUGAGUACUUGAGUAUGCAAAAUAGUUCUAGUACAAAUUUUUUUUAAAUAUAUUAAACUAUUUCAAUUAUUAAAAUAUUACUAUCAUAAUAUUAUAUGGUAUAUAUUUUUUUAUUGUAAUAAAAUAAUAAUUACACCUUAAGUAUUCAUUGCUGACAUAGAGUUGGGUUUUCAUAAACAAUUAUUGUCUGUUCCUGCAUAUAAUAUUGAGUACAGUAUUAACUAUAAAUGAAAAAUAUGAGUAUGUGUGCAACUUAAGUAUUUAAAAAUAUUAUUCUAUUUCAUGUAAGUGAUAACAGCCUAUUUCAGAAACAAAAAGCAUAAUAUUAGACCAAAGAAAUUUUUGCUGUAGAGUAAAUCACCAAUGUAUUAAAUGAAAUAUACCAGUAUUUUAUCUAAAAAUAAUUAAUUGUGGAUUAUAGACUUGAUUGACUAGUUCAUAAUUUAUUACGGAAGAUAAUGUUUAAGUAAUUUAUACUAAUUAUAUAAAAAAAAAACAAUUUAUUGGUUAGAUUUUUUUUAAUCCAACCAUGUUUUACAUUACAAUAUCUCUAAAUGUGUUCAACAAUUUUUAAUUCUAAUCUUAAGAAAUGUUUGCCCAUUAAAUUAAAUUUGAGUAGAAUUAUAAAUCUUAUAUUAUGUUCCUGAAUACAUUUUUUUUGUGUUUUAUUAAUUACAGGCUGUAUAUAAAAAAGUAUAGUCAAUAAAAAAUAUUGUUAUUCAUAAUUGAUAGCUUAUUAUAUUAGUUGAAAACUAAAAAGUGUACUUAAUUAUUAUUAAGUGUGUAUGUAUAUUGUAAAUGCAACAGAAAAUGAUGAAUUAGUGUUGAACUACUAAUAUACUGCUAACUUAUAAUAAUUUUUAAAUUAAGAAUAAUUAUUUUCUGUUGGAUAUGAUAUGUCUUAUAAUUAAUGUAUUAUUGGUAUCGGAACACCAAGUAAAUCGCCACUUCAUUAUUUAAUUGUUAUAUUUUAUAAUUACAUUUCUAUGAUUCCUAUUAAUUUUUUUAAGAUACAUCUUUAUAAUAUUCGGUUUAUUUCAUCUAUUUCCAUAUUUGCAAUUGGUUUAUAAAUGUUUAAUAAUAUAAUUUACAUUUUAUCAAAAAAUAUAUAGAAGAGUUCUAUGUGAUAUAUAUUAUUCUAUAUUGGUGAUUUAUUAAACAUAAUGGAUCGAUACUAAUAUACUUAUAUUUGAUCACUUGUGUGUUCAUUAUGGGCAUACAACAUACAUAUUAGCGUGUGAAGCAUUUUUAACUUAUUAUUUUGAGUAUAAUAUACAAAUUGCUUUUUCAAAUUCUCCAUUUUAUUAGUUUGAAACGUUAAGUAUUGUGUUUAUUAGUUUUAUGAUUCAGUUGAGUUUCGAGUUAAGAUAUUAGGUUGAUGAUUUUAAAUGAUUCGAAAUUGGAGUGUAUUUGAUUCUAAAAAAUUUAACUAAUAUUCAACUAGUACUUUAAAAAUGAGUUCAUAUUUAUAUUAUGUUAUAAAAUUGGUUUUGAAUAAAUGUUAUUUGAUAUAGGCUAUUUAAUAUAAGCAUGUGAGUGUGGUCGUAUCCUAAUUAUUAUUAUACCAUUUGUUAAAUAUUGAAAGUUAGUUUUCAAUUAUUAUUAUUAUUAUUUUUUAAUACAUAAGUAUACAUAUAUAAUACAUUAGGCAUUAUUAUUUUCUCGGCUAUUUUGUUGUUACCAAGCUAAUUCCAAUUUUAUAUUUAUAUAUCAAUAUCAUAAUGGAUUAAAUAGUGUGUUUGAAAUAUGAUGUUAGAAUGUGAAAUAAUUUAUAUCGAGUAUGAAAAAAUUAUAUUAUUUAUGUUGUAAAAUUGCAUUUUGCAUAUUUUAUUAAAUUAUUAUCAUUAUUAUUAUUAUACGCUUAGAAUGCUAUACUCAUAGAAUAGUGAUAUAUAUAUAUAUACACUAUACAUUAUAGAUGUUAAAUUUUCCCAUCGAGCUUUUUAGUUGUUUAAAGUAUGAACUUGUUGAUAAGUGCAUUUAAUGCGCACUCUCCUGUCAGUUUUGUGUUAAUUAAUUUUGUUAAGUUUUUUUUUAUUACCAAAUGUACACACCGAUAGCUUUAUAAUAUCGUGUUUUAUCGUUAAACAUUUAUAAUAUGUAUACCUUUGUUGUUUUAUUCGUAUUUUUGUGUGAAAAUGUUCAGUCUCUGGUAAAAUUGGUGCAACACAAUCUCAACCUUUUUAAAUUUAAAAUUUUUAUAUACGUUUUAUUAUAACUAUAAUCAAGACUACAAUGUCAGAUGUAAUAUUGUUAUUCUGAUAAGAAAUAAAACUGUUGGUUACCUUUAAACACAAUUUAACAAUUUAACUUUGUUGCAACUUCUUUACCAGAGACUUCCAUUAGUUCCAACUGUAUUGUUAUAAUAUAUACAGUAGGGAAAUUUUUAAAACGUGUUUUUUAUUACUACUAUUAUUAUUUUUAAUAUUAUUAUUGUUUUUGAAGUCUAGUCGAGUCCUUAAGUGGCGCGUCUUUUUUAAUUCCGCCCAUUUUAUUAUAUCCCACUCAGCGAUACAAUGUUGUUACCUUUUAAUUGUUUAUAUAUCGUCGCCAUCUGUGAUAUAACACCCAUAUUAUAAUAUAUUAUGUUUUUCCCCUCCAGUCAACCCCUAUUUUUUACAUGCAAGUUUUUACUAUAUUAAUUUUAUUAUAGAGAGUGGGCUUUACUUGAUUUUGGAUGUAUAUCUCAUUUUAUUUAAAACUAAAAAUGUGUUAUGUGUGUCCCAUCCAGUAAGUGCCGAACAGUUUUUUAUUAUGUACCUCUCCCCACCAUUGACCAACUAUUAUACGUGUCAUUGCUGUUUAUUUCAUAUUGCCAUACUUAGCAUCUUACUGUACAUUUUUGUUACAAUUCACUAUGUUAUUAAUAUAAUAUUAUAUUGAUUCGUAAAAAUGUUUUUUUUUUUUUUUUGAGAUUUGUUACCAAUUUAGUAUUAUUAUAGACAUUUUAAUACCUUUAUAUGCAUAUAUUAUAAUAUAGAAUCUGUACAUAACAUUAGGCUGUGUACUAUUUGAAAUGUGUGAGUUAGACCACAAUGUAUUCGAACUAAAUAAAAAUUGAUUAACAGUAUAUUCGUCAUAUA